AUGUUUCUAUUACUACUAUCAGUAUUGAUUCCUACAGUUUGCUCAAUACUACAAGUACAGCGGAAUGAGCGACGAUUCUACGAUCAGUUAGAUGGUUUGUGGACAUUUGUAAGGGAAAAGAGGAAUUCACCUUCCGUAGGUAUAAAUAACAAAUGGCAUUUGUUCGACUUGUCGCAAUUCGAGAACGCGACUGUGAUGCCGGUUCCAGCAGCUUAUAAUGACUUGACAGCAGAUCGUGAGGUACGUGAACACGUCGGUUGGGUUUGGUAUCAGCGUAGCUUUUUUGUCAGCGUACGUGACAAGUCAUAUCGACAUUUUGUUCGUUUUUCAAGUGUGCAGUAUUAUGCAGUUGUCUUUAUAAACGAUAAAAUUGUUGGCAUUCACGUGGGUGGUCAUCUACCGUUCGAGAUCGAUAUCACUUCUCACGUGUCGUUCGAUAAUGAAAAUCGUCUCACCGUAGCGGUGAACAAUACGAUGACCUCAAGGACAAUACCACCCGGUGAAUUUCGAUACAUUCAAAAGAAAUAUGGUGAAAGUAAACAAUAUCCCGAUGGAUUUUUUAAGCAGACGUGGAAUUUUGAUUUCUUCAACUAUGCUGGAAUACUACGACCCGUUUAUAUCACGCGGAAGCCAUUCACAUACAUUAACGAUAUUAGUAUUGAUGCCAGAGCAAAUGGAUUUUUCGGUUACAAAGUAAAUGUAAUAUCGAAUACUCAGUUUGGACGAAUUCAGAUUACAGUACUGGAUAAAUACGGUACGGUGAUAUUUGAAAGUAAUCGGUAUCAUUAUACCGGUCAUAUCAGUAAUAUCCAACCGUGGUGGCCACGUGAUAUGGGAGCUCCUGUUUUGUACAAUUUUGUGGUUCGAUUAACAAUCUCAAAUAUUUUAAUCGAUGUGUAUCGUUUACGGUUCGGUUUCCGUACCGUAAGUAUUUCGGAGGAUCAAACAUUCAUAAAUGGAAAACCAUUUUAUUGCCAUGGUUUUGGCAUGCAUGAAGAUUUCGAACUUCAUGGCCGUGGUUACAAUCCGGUUGUAAUGACCAAAGAUUUAAAUAUGUUGGAAUGGAUGAGCGGUAAUUGUUAUCGUACCUCACACUACCCGUAUAGUGAGGAAAUGGCUUUUGAAGCUGAUCGUCGUGGUAUUGCUGUUAUCACUGAAACACCUGCUGUUGGAUUAAGUUAUUUUACAAAGCAAAACAAAUUAUUGCACGCAGAAAUAAUACGUGAACUGAUUGAACGUGAUCGAAAUCAUCCGUCAACAAUUAUGUGGUCAUUAGCCAAUGAACCAAUGUCUAGUGAUCUAGCAGCUCGAUCAUAUUUCAGUGAACUUAUCAAUUUGACACAAACAACUGAUCCAACUCGACCUGUCACUGCUGUAUUGGCAGCAAGUUUUGAAUCUGAUCAAAUAGGUGAUCUACUUGAUAUAAUUUGCAUUAAUCGAUAUUUUGGUUGGUACAUUGACACUGGUUAUUUGGAAACCAUUAAUCAUAGUUGGGUAUUUGAAGUGAAUAAUUGGAAAUUAACAUAUAAUAAACCAAUUAUUGUAUCGGAAUAUGGCGCAGAAGCAUUACCAGGCUUAAAUCAGGAUCCAAGUCAUGCCUUUAGUGAACAAUAUCAACAAGAACUAUUGAAACAAACACACUAUGCAUUUGAUAUAUUACGAAAAACUCAUGCAAUUACCGGUGAAAUGAUUUGGAAUUUAGCUGAUUUUAUGACAGCUGAUGCUGUGACACGUGUAGUGGGUAAUCAUAAAGGAGUGUUGACACGUAAUCGACAACCCAAAAUGGCAGCGUAUGUUCUGAAAAAUCGCUAUGAAAAUUUGGAAAAAAAUGAAAGUUUAUGA